ACAUGCGCUAACACCCGCACAUAUCAGUUCCUCAGUCAGUCGCGAUUGUUACUUUCUAUGCGGCGUGUCUUCGCAGCGCGUAUUUAACGGACGGUGGUGUUGUGACGGCGAGUGUGUGUGCAAUGCGCGGACAGUGAUCGAAGCAUGGUGAACUACGUUAAUCCGCUCGCCAUGUACCAAGGCAAAGGCGGGCAAUACGGCGCAGGCGGCUGGUACGGAUGGCAACAUCAGAACUUCGAGGAGCAACAGUGGUGUGCUUGGAAUGGACCGCCGGCGGCGGGGGAAUGGGCGCCUGAUCCACAUCACUUCCCAAAAAGAGAGCCGGGAGAAAGAGAAAUUGGGGAGAUGCCAUCUCCUGCGAGAGGAGACCUGGCGAGUCCUGGAGAGAGUUCGCCGGGGUCGAGGCCGUCACAGCCGCCGGCACCACCGCGCUCGCCUUAUGAAUGGAUGAAGAAACCCAACUACCAAACACAACCAAAUCCAGGAAAGACGCGAACGAAAGACAAAUAUCGUGUAGUGUACAGCGAUCACCAGCGGUUAGAGUUGGAGAAAGAGUUCCACUACAGCCGAUACAUUACCAUUCGGCGCAAGGCUGAACUCGCAGUCAAUCUCGGGCUUUCUGAGAGACAGGUAAAAAUAUGGUUCCAAAACCGACGAGCAAAGGAACGAAAGCAAGUCAAGAAGCGUGAGGAGGUGGCAAUGAAGGAGAAAGGAGAUCACGCGUCGCUCCAGCAUGCGCAGUUGCACCACGCAACUAUGCUCCACCACCAGCAGAUGAUGAACGGUAUGAUGCACCACCAUCAUUAUCACCAAGGAGUUUUGCAAGGCGUUCCUGAUACCCUCGUACCUGGAGUGCCGCCUCCGGUUCCCCUCCUGUGACCACAGCAGCAAGAUUAUUCUGCCCACGGUGACACGUUCGCGUAGUGACUAAUAAACUAGGUAUGGUGAUGAUUCAGUUAAAGUGAACAAAUUAAUCGCUUAAAUAAGCGUAAUGAAGACUGCCAGUGCAGAGGGUGAUUUAUUUUGAUCUUGGAAUUUGUGAUAAAAUUGUAGUGCAAUAUUCUUGCGAGAAUAUUAACAAUCGUGACGAACUAUGUAAAUCGCGGAGUAUGAAAUGUCUUAAUACUCGUAGUAAUCUAGGUAUUGCUGUAAGCGGACACUUGAAACGCUCUACUUUUUAGGUUGUUUCGUAUUAAUGAGAUUCUUAUUAACAUUAACAUCAGAAAUAUGGAAGAACCAUUAUAGAAACAGUCUUAGAACUAGACUUUCUCUUAAGGCUUCAUAAUAAAUUUAAUACCUAAGUGUUCACGCCUUAUGGCUUUUGAUUUACUACGUUGGUA